AUGGAUCACACGAAGCCCUAUGGUCAAUGGUGUCACUUGUUCUAUUAUUGGUUAGGUGAUAAAGUAAAGGACAACUUGAGGCUUGGCUCAUUUCCUCAGGUCAUGAAAAAAAUUUACAGUAAACUGCCAGAGGAGCAAUGUAAUGGUAAAUGCAUUGAUAUAUACCCUGAUAUUUACGAGCAACUUUUCGGGUGGAGUAAAGACAUAUUUGAUUCUUUCUAUAACUACAAUGUUGCAAAAAGUACAGAAAAAGGUGGAAAAAUUCCUUGGUGUGAAAAAUAUAACAAUUCUCUGGAAGGAGCUACUACAGCAUAUGGGCAGGUACAAAAGCUCUGUGCUAGUGAUGGUGCAGAGUACUGCAUAAUUUGGAACAAGUCUAAGGAAUAUUUUCCAAAUGGGCCACAAAAUUUGAAGUGCACUGCAGAGCAAGAACUAGAAGAAAAGGGUGCUCAGGAAAAUUUGGGUGCCACCUCGGGUGAUACGCAAUCUCCCCGAGGGCAUUCACAGGAAGAAGCACCACGAACACAUGGGGACGGACAAUCACAUGAUCAAGCUCAUCUAACUGAUUAUCCAACUGAGGCUGGUGAUGGGGAUGGUGACGAACCAGGAAUAUUAGGGGAGAAGCAGUUAGAUUUGUUGAAAUCAAAAUUACCAUACUAUGAAAAAUUAUAUAAGGGCUCCACGGAAUGUGAUAAUGGUAGUGCUGUCAAAAAAAUAGAGGGGAUAUUACGUUCAUAUACUUAUUAUGAGAAAGGUGCGGAGGAAAUUGUAAAAGCUUGGUGCAAUGCAUCCGGAAUGGUGAGAAAUGAUACUCUCGAUAGUGAAUAUUGCUAUGCAUUGUAUUUUUGGAUAGGAGAUCAGGUAUUGAAGAGUCCAGGGAAUGUCACUGAUUUUGAGGGUAUAAUGAGCGAAAUUUACCAAAAAUUGACAACAUGGAAGCCUAUAGAGGGGUGUAAUAAUAUGGAGACGAAUAUUGAAGAGAAGAUUUUCGAACAAAGGAAAGGAGUAUUUGAUUACUUUCAACAAUAUGAAAUUAUGAAAAAACAAUUAGAAAAAAGGGGGGGGCUUCAUCCACUGAUGUGCUGA